GAUGGAUGCGCGCUCCCGACACUUCAGGUGAAUGAGAGGGAGACAGAGGAGCGGGACACGGUUCACUGUGCGUCGCAUUAAAAAGGAACAAUCAAAGGAAAAUGAGUUGUGUAGCGUCGCUUGGAGGGCAUGUUUUUACCACAACAUAUCUUCUCUUCGUCAUGGGAUGCGUAGCACAGAAAGUAAGUUGACAUUUGUUUACAAGCUGACAAUAUUUCACAAGCCUACCUCUAGUAGGCUGAGUGUUGGGCUCACUUCUGUGAGGAGAGUCAGGCAACGAACCUCAUUUGUAAAUCUUGAUAUUUAGUGUUUGUUUGCAUCUCGGUUCGGACUCUGUCUUCAUGGGGCUUAACUCGUGUUGAUUUAUGAAUCUGUAAGUGAAAACCUGUCGUCCGGCGUGCAUCUUGAAUCUGAAAAGACACUCGUUCACCCCACAUUUCAGAUUUAAAUGCCUGUCGUCUCUCCUGUCAAUUAUUCUGCUAUACUUAAAUACAGUACCUCGUAUUGAGCGGUUGCAACAGGCGGUGCGUGCAAACCAAAUGUAUAAAAGUUGACAUUUAAACACUUUAUGUGACUUAUUUUGCAAAAUAUUUGUGCCGUUUUUCCCAAAACAACCCACUGGUCCGACCAACUUCCAACCUAAUGAAGUUGGGUGUUGAAAAAAAUGGCAUUUAGUCAUCAAAUUAUGGAUUGACAACUUUUUCAAUCGAGUUUGGCCUAGGUCCAAUUUGAUCACGAAACCGCACGGAAGCUUAUCUUGUCUUACGCUGCAUCCGAAUUGUGAAAGCUGUGUGAAAACAAAGAGUAAUGCAUAAAUCGGUUAUCUGAUUGAUUUUGUAGUCAUCUUGAGAUUGGUCACAGUGUUGUCUGCACUCUUCAUAACAUUUAGCAAACAACACACCCGCCUCAUGCAGUUCAACUACUGUAAAUUAGGUUUCUUUUAAAAGUGCUGUUUGCACUUCCAAGAGGAAAUUUCAUUGUAGUUAUUUAUUUACAUGAAUAUAAUUUCCUGUAGGGGCUUUUAGACUGUGCAGAACAGUGAAAUCCAGAAAAAAGCCUGCAGCGUUAGCCAUAGCCAGACUACUCUAAUCACCUUACAUCAUGCUGACUUACUCUAGUCCACUUUUGCCAUUCACGCCAAAGUUAUGAAAGUUUUUGGCAUACUUCAUGAGACAUUAUAUCCUUAAGGGCUUUCAAAGGGAUGUUUUGAUGGCACAGGCAUGUUUUGAUGUUUCUGCACUUCACAGAGUGAGGGAAUGGCAUGCAGAGUCCAAACUGCUGAAAUGGGAACCACAUUGAGAGCAUGCAAACCUUAUGUUGUACCUUUCAGUCUCACUGAAGCAGACUCCACGAGCUCUGUCUCUGACAUGCGAAGACUUCACGAUCAAAAGGUUGUGUCUGAUAAAAAUGGGGACGCAUGCAGUCAGAGGUUGCUUCUAGGGCAUGUUUUUCAUUCAAUCAGGCUGUGAUUCAUGUUGGACAUGUUUUAGCUUCUCCUGUGGUAAAGGUAACGCUCCUGUCUGGUUAGUCAGGCUUUAGUUGUUUAUGGCGGCUUUUAAGUUGAUUUGAAAGUUGUGUUGAUGCCAAAAAAGUAACAUUUCAGUUUGUUAAGACGUCAAGAGCGUCUAAAUGUAAGUUGGCAGGUGUCAGUGACAGUAAUUUUUCUCAGAUGGAAGCUGGUUGGACUUCAAAACCUGCUCCUGUAGACAGUUUGAUCCAUAUUUUGUCCCCUCUAUGGCUGUCAUUUCUAUUCCAACUGUCUCAGCUGAGGAGGCGGGUGAAAUGACAGUUUGCAAUAAGACGUUUUUGGCAGCUCCAUUUCUUGGAACACAAUAUUUCCUCUCAUGAUCAAAUAUUACUUGAGUUGAAACCCUGGAGUGAUUGCUUUUAAGUAUGCAGACUACUUCAUUUUCACUAAGCUGGAAGACUUUUCAGAUUGUAUAAACUCACAUGCUACAGGUUUCAUUUGAAAAACCUCAAACCUGGACUACAAACUGAGUUUAAAAUUCAUACAUGACGCAAAACGACCCCAUGUGUAGCCCCGGCUGAUGUAACAACCUCGCAGGAUUACCCUUGAAAGACCUCCACCAGCACAUCAGGACCACAUUUAGCAAAGAGGAGCUUCCACCUGUCAAGAGUCGUCCUCUUCCGCUGAUGGACAAUGGCGGCUCAGCAGUGCAAUUCUUAGAACUGGACAACAAAAGCCUUUGGUAUAUUGAAUUGUCAGCGUCUCCAGCUUUAGUUCCUGUGUGCAUAGGGUGCUCACUAUCUUUGCAAUUAUCUGCCUGAGGGGGCACGGUAAAUGAUGUCUUUGUCCUGCGCUCCCCUUUUGUAUUAAGUUGAUUUUUGGAACAGCAUAAACAAGCUUGGAAUUUAUUCUAUCCCCCUCAGUAAAAAAAAUGGGAGGCGUCCAAGUCUGUCAGUCCACAAAUCAGCCCUGCGGACGAGGAAGAGUGAAUUUGAUCGCAUGUUUUGUUGCUCUGCUGCUGCGUCUUUUUUACGAGGUUUUAUUUGCAUUGGAAAGAGAGGACUCUCAGCUCUGAUUGAAUGGAGUUGUAAGACCCAGACGAACAGGGAAUUCUGUUAUUCCUCCGAUAAAUUAUCAGACAACAGAAACACACAGUCUGUCAACAGAUAAACAUGUCAUGGUGUGGCAGUGAGCUGCAGAGGAGAGGGGAUGAAAAGGACAGAGAGCAGAGAGUCAGACAGAAGCGGCGAGGGGAGCUGUCCUGUUUGGUUUUCAGUCGUUUGUUUGAUGUGGUUGAUCUACUCAUGUGAGAGGUUAAAUCACAACACGUAGAAACCUUUACACCCAUGAAAUCUCAAACUGCUGUUAGUAGAUAAAUAACUCAACUGUAGAAAAUAUUGAAAAAGACAGAAUUUAACAGUUUGUGGAUAAUUGAAAGACUUUAUUUAGUUAAAAACAGUACCAAGACAACAAAUCAAUAAUAAAACCCCAAAAAGCAACAGAUUAAUAACAUGGCUGAGCAUAAAAAAGGAGUUCUAGUGAGACUGAGUUGAUGAGAAGUGAUAAUGGAGAAAGAUUCACCCCUCUGUGAGAGGCUGGGUGAGGUAGUAGUUCAGCAAAUCCAGAAAUAAUGCGCCAGUACAGUACAUUGUAUCACGAAACGAGAGAAAUCUCUGAUACCAGCUGUGAUCUUCAGGCUCCUAGGCAGCAGUUAAAAAGAGAAGACAUGACUCUGUAGUGUAAAUCACCACCAGGGCUUAAAAUCACAUCUAUCAACCACUGUUUGUGAGAGCAGUUUGUCACAGCAUCCACAAAGCAGUUAAAAAUGCUCCGUACAAACAGGUAACCACUGGAGUGAAGUAGGAAACGUCUCUGUGUCUUAACCAAUCACAACCUCACAUUCUUUUAGGAAAUCAUGGACAGUGCAUUUAGGUUUUGGAGCAACAUGAACUGCAAUCCAAAGAUGCCAAGCUACAUUUUGCAAGUAUUAAAACAUCAGAGUCCAAAUGCUAAACUGACCUGCCUGCAGUUUUAGACCAGUCACCCAUUGAGAGUUGGUGAAAUGUUCAUUAUGUCAUGGUUAAAACUCUGAUUUUGCUCGCUUUGACGAACAUUACUCAUUUUUGUCAUGAUCUCUUAACAUUUUACCCAAAACUAGCUGAUAUUUUUGGCACAUUCGGUCCUGGCAUCAGAUCUGUGCACUUACUGGCGUUCACCAAAGCUUGAUACCGUAUGUAAGGCUGCAUAAAAAAGGCUGAGACUGUCUGAACUGGUGCAUACAUAAGUAUCCCAGGCGUAGAGUGAGUCAAAUACCAUUACCUCAGAAGCACUUUCCUCUUUGAAUACCUUUGAAGGUCUUUUACGAUCUGCCCUGAAGGAAACAUCUCACAGUUUUACAUAAUCCUUGAACUGAGGUGGAAUGAGAUAUGGAUAUCUCUGGUAUGGCAUGCAUGCCUCUUUCUCUUCGCUAUUUCCUACGUGUUGUUUUUUUAAGAAUUGUAUGUGUUCCAACAUGUGAGAUUUUUCCGAGUGUAACUGAUUGAGCAGUUCCACAUAAAGGGAAAUUAUGCAGUCUUGUCCCGUGUUUCUUGGAAGUAGCAGCCUCUAAUCUCAAAGGAGGAGGGAUAAACAAAAUUAAACAGGUAUAAAAAGUUUAGUGUUAAACUGUGACCCCUGAAAAUGGCUUGACCAUAUACUUUAUAACACAACCAUGUUAAAUACUUCAUCGUGAAUAGUCAAGACUUCAUGAAAACAGUCUGUUAUUUCUUUAUAGUUCACUGUUGCUAUGGAUACAGCUCUAAUCACAGACACAUUAACAGACCUACUGUAAUUAAAUCAAUCUGCUGAAGAAGUCUGAUCAGUUUGAGGUUGGUUUGUUUGAAGAGAAAGGGUCAAAGAGUCUGACAAAGAUGAGGCAAAAAAAGCUAUAGAUUCAUCUGGUCCUGGUUACCAUCAGUGGAAAUGUUUGGUUUAGGUCUACACAGACCAGGGAGACUAUUUUCAACAAGAAAUCUAAUCAAUUUUCAAACAAAAUCAUUUCCUUAUCAAUAUUCGGUGUUUGGUUAGUGAUUAAACUAAUAAGUAGUCGUGUAAAAUAUUUGUUGGAUGGGUUAUUUUGGCAAAGCAACCCUUUGGUUUCUGUCCUGCUCACCCUAACUAGACUGCAGUGAGUCUACUCUACAUUAUCCCUGAAUUUAUUACUCAGUUUCUCUUGAUAACCACUGAUCUUUGCUAGUUUUCUUACAAUUUUGACUCAUUCAUAUAGUUUUCUCAAGAUAUCAUGCUUUUUUUCCGAUGAUGAUAAAUAGAUUUCAUUUGUGUUUCGAGAUCACAACCUUUUUUUCUUUUUUUUUGCUGAUUAUCUCGAGAUUACGAAUGUUGUUUUCUUGUGAUAAUGGGAUUAUUUCCUUGGUGAGCCGGAAACACAACAAUAGGCUGGUCAGACCACGGCAUGCCGACACCGUUGAGCAAAGAAAGACCUGUUUCUAUGUCUGUUUGUGCUUUUGCUACUCUGAUGCGUCUCGAGGACGCAACUGGAAGUAAUUUGAUACAUCUAAAAAUGAAUUUACAUGUAUAUAUUUAUUAUAAUGUAAAUAAGGAGGAAAUAUGUUGGUCCUGAAGUUGAGGGAAUAUUUUAUACGGUGGUGAAGCACCUGCUAAAGCCUACUGCUAAAACUUCUGUUUCUUCCUGAUAAAUGAGGAUUUCUUGUAACCUGAUGCUGUGGUUGCAAUAGGAAAUGUUGUUUUCAUCAGAUGAUUUCUGCAUCCAUUUAGUUCCAGGCCGUCCUGUGCUAUCAGGAUUCUCACUAACUUGCUGCAGGAAGACUAAUGAUCAUAGUUUCACCCACUGGAUCCGGCUCCAAAAAGUCAGAAAUGAUUUCUCCAAACUGGUUCAAACCCAAGACUAGAUCAGGUCAGGAUUCACCACAAACCUCCACAGGUUUAACAGCUAUCAUAGCAGCAGCAGCAGCUAUUUUCAGAGGAAAUAUGUUAAUAGGUUUCACACCGCAAACAUGGAAGCGACAGCCUGCACUGGCCUGGCCUCGCUCAGCCGGUCACAUAUCUGUGUGAGAGAGAAGAACCACGGCGGUAAUAAUUUCCAGCGUGACUCUUUUCCGUGUAUGUUACAGUGAAGGUCUCGUGAUGGCUCUGUAAAUAAAGUGUUGAUCAAACAUGCUUGGGCUCAAAGAGGCCUUUCAUAAGUCCCCCAUGAUGCACACACAGUGGUGAAAAUGUGCUGAGCCAGCCCUGCGGUGGCCAACGAGAGCGACCCUAGAAUGCCUGGGCCUAAUCAGGCCGCCACACCAGUUGUUUGUAAACUCACCCUGGCUUGAACUAGAGCCACUGACAUGAGCCCACCGGGAGAGGCAUUGACAUCACACGGGAGAUAUGUGAUAAAUCCUGGGCUCGAGUAUCAGCACUCUUCACAGCUGUGGAGGAUGAGGCCAAGGAGCUUCUUUUCAAUUUGUUUCUUUUUUGGAGGAUCAUGCAAACAAAAACAGGGCAUUUUGGCUGAAUUUAGAUGCAGCUGCUGUCUAAAACUUAAAAAACCCCGAUCUGAAUUCUCUUUAGUUGAAGGUCUCUGUAAAAAAAAAAAAAAAAAAAAAAGUGAUAUACUGCAGUAAAAACAAGGUUUCCUGAAGUUUAAUCUAGAAGGAUUCAGACUUGUUUGCAGCCCUUCAUGAUAUCCUGGAAAGGCUUUCCAGUUCUGAAUUCCAGCUGAGGACUGGAAAUUUGCACAAACACAGAAACCAUGUUUAGAUUUUUUAGUUUUGGAGAUAAAGCUCCUUACAGUGUCUGUUUUGUGUUGAUAGAGCACAUUGCACCAGGGCUUUUGCAGAGGUUUGUUGCAUUUUCACUGUUGAUUUCAUGCACAUAAAGGAAUUCAACAUAAUCCGGUCUAGUUCUUGCUUUCAAUACCUGCUCUGACAUAUGAUGACUUAAGAAGUUCUGGAUAGUUUUCUGAGAUGAGAUGUCAAACUACUUUCGGGAUAGAAAACUAACUCGGAGCAAACAGGCGAAGCUGAUGCUGAGAAAUUCGAUGGUGGUUGUAAAGCAUCCUGAGUGGACUGCUGCUUCGGAAGCGUUAGCCUGUGAAGCAGUGUCACUUUUCUCCUCCAGUAAACAGGACUGGUGAGGAUUCCUGCCCCCUUUUGAGGGGCCCGCCUGCCUGUUUAUGAGCCAGUCCUGGGCUGUUUGUGCAUGAGAGGCAGUGUGUGUGUAUGUGUGUGUUAACAGUACUUCAGCAGAAGCCAGCUCGUGUUGCAGAGUUUUCACAGAGGUGUCGUCAGCCUGGGUGGGAUUAAAAAAAACAAAACAUGUUGCAGCCAACAGAUAGGUCAGAGUUUUGUUUUUGGCUUGUACAUCUUUAUAGAAAAAGACAGGUCAGAGGGUGAAUGAGUUUUCUGACAACAAAGGUGCAGACAGACAGAGUGCUGAGUUCUGUAUGGGAUAGAAACACAGGGUAAUAUAGAGGGAAGGCAUUUUAUUAGAUUAUAUUGAAGUAUAAAAGGGCUGGUACAGGGAUAACUCUUGGUUUGAGGAUACUCAAGAGACCCUAAUGAAAAUAUCUAACUUGAAAACUGGUAAAAACUUAAUAAAUGUGCAGUAUAAGAGGUUAAGAUAGUUUAGGAUCAUGCAUUUGAUGAACAGCAUCUUGUAUAAAAGAAAGAAACCAGUGAAGUGAUCCCCUUCUGCAGCAUUUUGCAGAAGUUACAGAUGGAAGCCGGAGUAACAUCUUCAAACUCAGUUAAGGAUAGGUAAUUCUAGAUUCUUGGUUGAUAGCACUGAUUUAACUAGUUUUUGCAGGAGUAGAGGUUUAGGUUUUUGUAAGAGCUUAUUUACAGUUUUGGAGCUGGGAGGCCAAAGAGUGUUUCUACUUCGGCGACAAACCUGCAAAACUUUUUUGUGUAAAUGUGCUUCGUUAUCUGCCGAAGUUUGCCCUUUGACCUCAUUUUGAUCCAUCCAGCUUUGUCAAUUUUUUUAAAAGAAGUUCUGUAAAGAGGUCUCUGUGUUUUAAGCAGUCCUGGAUUUCCCUUGUCUGUACCAGUUUUAUGGGUAACUGGCACUUAAGGUUUCAUUCUCUUUUGUUAUUUGAUGGCAAUUAGCAAACACCUUUCAGAUGUGCUACACUCACUGUGGGGAGGUCAUUGAAACAAAUGAAAAAUUAGACUUUUAACAUGAGAAAAUACUCACAUAAUCACUUAUUAGAUAAAUAAAAAUCAUAUCUCAGCCUCUGUAGGAUUUUGCAUUUAUCACCUCAAAGUAGAGCGUGAAGUAAUUGGGCUGAACAAACUUUGUAGAAAUAGAACAAAAUGUUUUUCAAUCACCUUUAAAUUAAUUUCACCUUUAAUUAAAAAUUCAUAUCGUUGACUUAACUGCAAAAAUACAGCUGCAUAUCAUCAGUCUAUUAGUGUUAAGAAGUAUCACUAAAAGAGCUAACCAGUCUGCAUGGAAGCUCCAUUUAUAAUACAAAAUAAAAAGAUAUAGGACCUAGAAUUGAACCCUGCAGAACUCCAUAGAAUAUAGAGGUCAUUUAGGAUGCAGAGUUGUUGACUCAAGUUUUUUUAUAGUUGAGAUUAGAUACCCAAACUAGUUAUUUCAACAAUUUGCCUCAUACUGGUAUUUUUGCAAGUUUAUUUUCUGACCUGAGAAUGAUCCUCGUUAAAAUAGUUCUGUAUCAGUGUACAAUAAAAAAGUUCUAGUGAACUCUGAGCAUAAGUCAAUGAGUUCAAAUCUCCUCAUUAUAAUGAGACACACUUAUGAACCCCAUCCUGGAAUGUGAAACUUUUAUGUAAAAGGAUGUAGUGACGCAAAGUGAAAAUGAUAGAACAAUACUUUAUGUGAGGGGCCUCUCGGUAAUGACAGCAGCUGGUCUGAUGUUUCACUGAGCAAGUCAUUUCAGACAAUUAUGGGCAUAGAUGAUCUACUUCUGUCCAGGAAAUCCCCUGUCAGCGGCACAACUGGGGCGCAAUGACCAGCAGGCACUUAUGUAAACUUUCGGCCUGCCUUGUACUUAUUAGCAUCACUUCAUUAAAAUAUUAUCCCCCCUCCCUGAUUGUGGAGUGGCUCAGUAAAACAGCGCUGCAGCCCAUUGUUAGGCCAUGAGAAAAGGCAUCCUUGAAUAAUUAGCGGCCUGCCAUUGGAGCGGCCUGUGAUGUAACAGAACUGAGAUGUUUGGCAUUAUAAGAAUGUCCUAUUUCCCUUCGACACUGUGGCACUUUGGGGCCCUUUCAUGUUUAGUGUAGCAUGCUCAUCCCAGGGUGGUGGGGACCUCCCAGCCACCUCGUCCUGGUGGGGGAGAUGACACGGUCUCUGUCUGUGGAACGGUUUACUUUCAUCAGACGCAAGAUCUCAUAUUGUUCAACAACAUACUAAUCUGCAACAUCCUAAUUUUCUUAAUUUUAUAUUCUAACUUUUGUGAUUAUUUGGGAGUUAAAAACCCUGACAAAAGUCUUUGAGGGAGACACGUUUGGAAAGGCAGCCUUAGGGCAAAGACAGAGGCACAAACAUGUUUUCUCACCACUGGUCAAUAUUGCCCUAAAAGGGGACACGCUGUCCUUUUUCCUCCCCCCUGUUAUGCCCCCAUAUUGUGAAGUGGUUCCCCUCAUUGCGCAACCUCCUUGCAAACACUGCAAACCCCAAAUCGGCUUACUCCCUCCAACCUCAGCAGGAAUGGCAUUUGCCCCGUUCAAAUGUCAUCCGUGUAAUUCUUUGCUGUAUCGCAUUAAUUUCUUGUAAGUGUGUAGGCAGUGCAAGUGUAGCAUGUCAUGUGCUAAUGUAAUUGCUUCCAAAUGCCACUUAGGGAGAAAACAAGAAAAUACUGUUGGGAAAUAUAAUUGGGAAACUUUGGCUUAUAAUGGAGUUAGCUGGUUGAUUUACUUAAUAUAGAUGGAGGCAAUUUCACAUGCAUUACUAGAAGUGCUUGAUUUAGUGCUUUGUUAUUGUUCAAUGAAACUUUGAUCCAAGCACUUUGCAUGCUACUCUUAUUUGUUUAUAUGCAAAUAAAAUCACUAUCACUGUAUGUGUAGACCUGUGCAGUACCUCCAAAGGCCCUCCUCUGAGUGUACUUCAGAUUGCCGUCUGCCCAGAAAGAUAAAGUAUUUGCCCCGAGACAUAACCAACAUUUUCAUGUAGUAUUUCGACAGACUGUGCCAGCCGUUGGCAUGCCAGGAGCAGCAGACUUUAAGUAUCAGUGUAGACAAGAGUGGAGUGGAGCUGCAGAGUUGGUGGAAAUAUCAGCUCUAAGUGCUGGUUUUGCCCUUGGCAAAUAUUUUGCAGUUUUGCGGCAGAGAGUAAACACCUGAGAGAUCUCAAAAAUAACUUUGGAGUAGCAACCUGCUUCUGGAUAAUGUUUUGACUACCUGUACACAAAGGGAAGGCGAUGCGGCUGAGUCUCAGAGAAGCAUGUACGGAACUGUUUUCAUAGAUAUAAAACUCAAUAAAACCUGGUGUUUCAGUGGAUAGUUGUUCAUCUAAGGAGGAAAACAGACACAUGAAACAACCACCCAAACAAGAUUUAUCUUUAGUUACGCAGAUCAUGCGACCCUCCUCUUCCCUCUGUAAGUCUGAUAUUCUGCAGCCUGACUGUGGGGCUAACAGCCUCAUCAAGGGCUUUUGGUCUGAUCCUGAUGACUCAAGUCCUCUCUUCCAGCCAUGAUUCAAAAUUGAAUGUAGAUUUGCUUCUCUAAAUAUACCGCCUGAGGAAUGCCUUUGAUAUCUGCAUUUGGAUGGGGACGGACUGUCCACAGAGCCAUCAAAGUGCCUGUCUGGCUCCACGGACUAGAGCUCUCCUUGUUGCCCUUGUUGCCCUCUGUCCCCCCUCUCAUCUAAACAAUCUCAAAGUGAUCUCUUAUCCUUUUAGCUCAGUCUGGAGUACAAGUGUCGCCUGCGGGUGUUGGUUUGUUACCUGUCUGGCAUGGGGGUCCAUCAGUCUGGGUCAUUCCCACAGUCCAGAUCUUAGGCCAACAGGAAAGCUCAUAAACACACAGCUCCCCUACAAAGGUCUGGUCCUUAGCUCCCCGGCCUAGCCACACAUCUGCCUCUGCUUAGGUCCAGGUCCCCCUUACAUCCCCACACACCUGGAACGAAUUAUAGCUAGCAUGUUUGAAGAAAUACCCUCCCCAGGGUUACCCAAGCAGGCAAUACGGGCAAAGCAGAGGCUUUGAUAAAAAGGCAGAACAGCAGGGUUGAAUAGUUCAGUUUAUGUCUGAGAGUAAUCAGACCACAAGUUGAGUGUAUUAUUUGCUGAUAGCUCCCUUUGUUGUUGGUGCCUUUGACAUUUAGAACUUAAUCACUUCAGGCCCAUUAUGUGAACACAUGACUCAUCCAGGCAGAGUGAAAUUCAAUACUGGUUAGUGCUUUUACCCAUAAUGCCAAAGGAAGAGGAAUGCAAGUAUGGGUGGCACAGGUGGGAAUCAAACGCCCUCAGUAAGGUAGUAUUUGUGCUGAGCUCUGCCUUUAGAGCUCAGAGAUAGUGGGAUAUUAUUAUUGCUUUUAAAUACAGAUCUUUACUCCAGCUGACUCUGAAGUACAAAUACAUUUAGAUGUAUUUUUAUGAUUACUUAAAGGGAUAUUCCGGCAUAAAAUUAAGUGAGGGUCAAACACACCUUAACACCAAGUUAGAUAACCCCUCGAGAGAUGAAUGUUGUCGACCACUUGCUUCUCUAGUUAUACCAACUUUAGUAAGGACUGGACAAUAGCAAUACACAGAGCCACACGCUCAACAAAACGCCACUCUAUAGCCACAAAUAAUGCUCAGAACAGCACCUAACCUCAUCAACAGUGUAGGGUCCCAGACAUAGUUCUGUCCACCAAACAUCUUUUUAGCUUGCCUGAUUUCUUUAGCAAAGAGACUAAACACAACUCACCUACUCUCUUCCAGCAGCAGUUUGUUUGUGGGGGAGGCCUGAUGAGUCGAUCACCAAGUGCAGCGGAGUUUCGCAGCUUCAGGAAGAGCAUUUAUGAUCAUUACCUCAUGGAAAUGUGAUCAGACCGAGAUGCUAAGGCAGAAGAACUACCGCGUCUGCCGUGCAAAAUGAUUAAUAUGAUGAUUAUUACUUCAAGGAAAUGAUAAAGAAAUUAUCAUAAAUGUUCCUCCUUGAGCUGCAUCACCCCGCUGCAGUAGGUGAUAGACUCGUCCAAGGUCUCCCCCACAAACAAGUGGCUGCUGGAAGAGAGUAGGUGAGUUGUGUUUAGUCUCUUUGCUAAAGAAAUUAGGCAACGUUAAAAAGAUGUUUGGUGGCUUGUGCUUUUGCUGGGACCCUAUAUGUACUGUUGAUGAAGUUAGGUGCCGUUCUGAGCAUUAUUUGUGGCUAUAGAGUGGUGUUUUGGUUGAGGUUUGUUUAUGGCUCCUCAGACUGCUGUGUAUUCCUAUCGUGUGGUCGUUACUAAAGUUGGUAUAACUAGAGAAGCAAGCGGUCAGCAACAUUCAUCUCUUGAGGGGGUAUCUAACUCGGUGUUACGGAGUGUUUGACCCUAACUUAGUUUUAUGCUGGAAUAUCCCUUUAAUAUGAACUGUUUAGAUUGGAUGUUAUUGCGGUUGUUGUUGCACGGCAUGGCUCUACAAAUAGUCUACAAAUUUACUGGGUGUUGAAUUACGUUGUAUUAUUCACUUUCAGGUUUACUUCGACUGUGGCGCCAAGGUUGAUGUGGUGGACGUCCAAGGUCUCAUACUCUCUCCUGGCUUCCCGUACAACUACUCCUCUGGGACACACUGUGUUUGGCAGUUCUUUGUGCCUGUUGACUACCAGCUCAUUCUGGAGAUAUUUGACUUUGACGUGUUUGAAAGCCAUGACCCGGCUGCGCAGUACUCCGCCGUCCCCAAUUUUGAGGAGGAGGAGGCAGAUGGAGAGGUAACGUUCACACCUGGGAGCAUAGGGUCUGAUGAAACUUCGUCAGAGGCUAAAGCGUCCAUGAUUCUGAGUGUGGGGGAUGUCACAAAGACUAGGCAGUCCUCUGAGGAUGGGGACGUCAAGCAGGUGGUGGUCCAGGAACAGUCAACAAAGAUGGAGAUUGCCAAAAUCUCAAAUUCUGCUAAAAGAUCUGCAAAUGCCUCAUCCGGCCUUUCUUCGCCACUUCCUCCCUCUUUUCACCUCCUACCUGGGGCUGUGCCUGCAGGAGAUAAGAACGUCAAUUCUGCCUCCCUAUCUCACCUAAGAGGAGACUUAAGUCCUAGUUCGAACCCAAACCCAGUUGUGGAGGAGACCACCCUAGCCCCUCCACCCUCCACUGAAACUCCAGCUGUAAGCCCUGAAACCCAACACUCGAUUCUUGACGCCUGCCCCCACGAUGUCCUCUACAUCUCAGACCUCAUCACCUUCUCCUCCAGGUUCUGUGGCUCCAACCGGCCUCCGAGCAGCCAGCUGGUUUUUGGCUCCAGUCAGGAGAUGGUUGAGGUGAUCAUGGAGCUCAUCACCACCACCCACUGGGGCCGUGGCUUCGCCCUUCUAUUCCACUACCACAACCUGACAGAGCCAGGGGGGGACCAUCGGGCUACUGCUCUUGCAGCCAGUAAGGUAGACACUCUGCUGGCUGCUGUGAGUGGAGCUGCCUUCUUCGCUAUGAUACUAACAAGUGCCCUCUGCAUCAUUUUCAGGUAACCGAGGCAGAGAAAGUUUGAAACAUAAAAGCUGUCGAGCUCCUGGAGUGUGUUAAAUACAUGAUUCUGAUUGGUCAAUACUUCAUAGCUAAAGAUUUGGUUAAAAUCUGAGACUCCAGUAAAUCAGCUGUUAUAAUUUUGAUCAGCUGUUUAUGUUUGUUUAUGGAAGGAAAGAAGAGACAGAAACAGCAGAGAAAGUGCAGGAAACGUGUACAGAGAUAUUAUUGUUAUAAAAUGUUUAAUCGGGUGCAUGAAGUGAAAACAUAAAACCUGUUAUCAGUUGUGACGGUUUUUGAGUUUCUGACCAAUCCUUCAUUCUGCAGCGAAAAGGCAGAAAACCCAUUCACAAUCCACAUAUUACAUAUCAUCUUUUAACAGAUGAAUUUAUGUUAUUAUUAUUAUUUAAACAUAUCUUUAUUGUUUUUUUGUAUUCAUACAGCAACAUCAAACAAUUUAAACAUAUGGCGGUAGUGAAAAUAUUAUAAAAUAUGAAUAAUACAAACAAAUUAAACAUUAAACAAUUUAAAUGGCUGUCAUGCUGCCAUAUCGUAAACACCCAAAAUAGCAGCUUUUGUCACUGGACGAUCAAUUAAAUCUGCUUUUGUGUUGUUCUAAAAAUACCAGAUGAUGUAUUUUUAUUCAAACACGAACAAACAUCUGAACUUAAAGUGUCCGUUGUUUAGAAAGAUGUGCUUCUGUCCUCUGCAUGCCUCUGUCUGUUUACAUUUUCUGUUGCUAUGAUGACCCACGUCUCAUGCUGCAUUGAUCUGAUUGGUUGUAAGUCGAUUGUCUCUGGAGACACACCCACAUGCAACUGUUGCUAAUGCUUCUUGGAGAUGUGAGAUGGCCCACCAAGGUGAUCUGGUGUCACGACCUUGGAUAGUGAACUAUACAAACAUUGAGUGUCCUCUUCAGGAAGGAUCUUUAUGGAGCAGGGUAUUCCUUAAGUCUGCUGCUGGGUUAGAUAUGACAUAACUGUUUUAAGUUGAAAUAACUCGCAGUUAUGGUGAUCUCUGUUUCUUCUCAGUGCUCUCAGAUGUACAGUGGAAGAAGAGAAGUUAAACGUGUUGGCUCAAGCUGGCUCUGUUGAAUUUCAAAGGCUGAAAUCUGCAUACGCUCCUGACUCUUACAGGAGAGCAGACGCUGAUUAGUUCAAUUUAUGUCGCACCAAAAACCCACCUGUGAAAAGCAGAGGAACUUCUCUUAGUGCCGCGUCUCACUUUGCAUCUCCAUCUUUCUCAGUCAGACCUGCUCUGAUUCAUUUUGUGCCAUGCGCUUCAGAUCUGCAUGAUGAAGCUUCUAGGAGGAGGCUUAAGCUGCUUUAAAACAAACCAAAGUUGUUUCUGAUGUCUCCUUUUGACUUAGAAAAGUAAAGACAGCGUUAGGAACAAGAUAAAUCCACAAGGAUCGCCAAAACUGACAUAAACUGACAUUUACUGCCGAAUCCUUAAACUAGGCUGCAUAAAUAUUUAAUUAAAGGCUUUUUAAUUGUUUGUACUCGGAUGUCGAUGUAACCCAAAAACACUUAACAGCUGAUCUGCAGCUUAACAACUUAAGUAGGUGUGAAAAAGUCUUUUUCAGCCACUGUGCAUUGAGUAACGUAAUGGGAGCUGUAAUUGUGUUAAUUUGCCUUCAGAGUCCGGUGAACUUCCUGGGGGCUUAUACUGACAUUAUCAAACAGCUUCAGUGUGUUUGAGAACAGCCGUAAAGAGUCGUAAGCAUGGCUGUUAACGCUUAAAUAUGGGCAGUGUCUGUUUUUCUUCAGUUCGAGCUUCAAAUUCUUUUUGUUGGUAACUGAUAUUCCUGUGAGAAAACUCAAGUCUUGUUUUUUUAUCUCAGCCCUGAGUUAUAGCGGGCUGGCCUGAGAGGAAAAGUGCGCAUACACUCAAACGCACACAGUUGCACAUACAUUACGGAGCCACCACUUUGUUGAGUUGACUCAGCUGGAAGCCCGAGUCCUUGAUGUGGUGACCCUUGGAGAUUAGUUGGGUUUGGCUGCAACUGUGCGGCUUCCUUGAUGUGGUGCAUUCUCACUAAAGAAAGGGACAUUCAAGGUGCAGCACCUGGCAUCAAUUCCAGCACACAAAAACGCAAAGGCUGCAUGAAAGUGUGUGGGCGGGGAGAUCUGGGGGGAAAAAAGGACAGGAGGAGUUGAAACUCAGUGAGAGUUUGGUGCUGAUGUUAUUGUCAGACAAUAAUAAGGUGUACUUUACAAGCUGUUCUUUCUUUUCCAUCCCACCGGGAAAUCAACCCGAGUUGGGGGGUUAAAUUUGGACUUUUGUAAGUUGAUUAAAAAUCCAGAAAGGUUAAGAUUUGCGUCAUUCCCUGCUCGCUCUGGGAGAGACCCCUGUUUAAUGGGCAAUGUGUUAAUUUCAACUGCAGAUUGGUGUCUCCAACUCAUCCAUUAGACACAAUAACUCCACAGGCUCUCAAUGUUAAUGUCAAGGAAAUUGGAAGCAUGUGCUCAAUAAAACUAAAGUGUAAUUAGCAGGAACAACAACUCAAGUUAUUCAGCAGCCAGGAAACGCAUAACCAUGAAACACCGAGCUCAGGAGCAGCCUCGGUAGCUGCGAUUUUUUCUCAUUUGGUUUCCUAUUAAUUUAAAUGACUUCAACAGAAAUCACUUGGGGGGGAAAAAAGUAGCUUUGGCGAGCGAGGCGAGAUCCUGCAAGUUUAGUGCAGCAGUGAGAUUAAUUCCCAAAGUCCUCUCUGGUCAGGAAACAGCCAAAGGUGGAUGAAAGUCACAGCAGGGGUUGCCCUCAGUUGACCGUGGCUGCUAAUGGACUCAUUCAGCUGUAAGAGAAAUUUUUAAUAAGCGGGAACUUGCUCAAGUUUUUCUGCAUGCCUCACUAGUUGAAGUAUGCAUGGGAAUGCCACAUAUACGUCAUUGUUACUCUUUAUUGUUGCGUUUUUUGAAGUAUCCGUCUGUGCAUCAAGUUUCUUUCACAGCUAUAGCCGUGAAGAAGUGACAGUGAUGCUUUUCCACUUGAAAAAGCAAUACAUAGCAGGAACUUCUCAGUAACAACCACUGUGUGAACUGUUAGAGUUGUGGUAUGUGUGAAUGCAAGCCUGUGGUGCAUCCUCCUCCAGCAUCCAACACCACAAUAGAAGACUAUUGAGUUGGAAACAGCCACGGGUAUGUUGGAGCUAUUAUGAACUAAGUGAGGUGGUUACAGUCGGUGCAGUCGUGCUGGGAUGGAGCGCAUUUUUACAUUUCUGCUCAAAUUGUGUUCACCAGAAGAGGUUUUUUUUCUUCUUGGGAAAACUCUGUCAAGAGUGAGAAAAAUAUGGGACGUUUAUAAAAGCUGGUUUUUGGAUAUGUCUGUAAUUAUAAACUGAAUUGCUGUGGUGCUGUAUGUUUUCCAGACCCAAACUGUGUCCAAAAAGAGCAAGCUCCUGUGCAUCCAGCAACUCUGAGGUACUUUGCAUUACUUCACGGCACUCCCAUGUUUCUCAGUUUUUUUCCCCACCGUCUUCUCCACAUGCUCUCCUAUCCUAUCCUGUGUUGCAUUAUUCAUCUGUCAGACAUCCUUGUAAACAAACAGGAUCUUAUUUGAGGUCACUGUCUACUGCUGCAACACUGCUUCUCCAUUCCUUAUUGAAACUUAAUAUUGGGAAUAUGUGUAUUCUUCUUACUUUUACUCACCUACUUCUUUACUAGUAUGAAAUCAUUCAAAGUCUUUGUAUUACGUGCAAAACUGUGGUUAUUGUUAAUAUAAAGUUGCAGAUUAGAAGGUUGCAGCAAAAUUUGUCACUUUGUUGCACAAAGUAUCAACAGACAAGAUGAUUUGAGGCUGAAAGUGGGUUCAUUAUUUUCUGGAUUUUGUACAACCUUUAUUCCAAUAUCAUUGGAGAGCUGUGUAAAGUGCAAAUCUAACAGAUUUUGAUGGCUUGCAAAUGAUUUGAACCCCAUAUUUAAUUGAAACUAGUGCAAGACAACAUGUCAGGUGUUACAGUUUUUUGUUUUCUGCAAAAUCAAAGCUAAUUGUAAAGUUGAUGUCAGCGACAUGUUUUGAAAAAUGCAUUAAAAAAUGAGACAGAGACAACCAAUGCUUAAAAAACACCCAGAAGAAUAUCUCCCGACUAAGAAGGUUGAUUUGCAACUGGUCGGUGCCAUGACUAGGUAUCGAUAAAGCAUCACAAUUUAACGCUGAGUAAGAUUUUAGUGAAAUUGUGGAACUAUUUCUCACUCAAAAUGAACGUCUGUAUAAAAGAGACAAGGCUUAAAACAAGUUGAACUGCAAGCCAUUAUGAAAACAGCCGUAUCUCUGUAGUGGACGUCACUGCACAGGCUCAAAAUCACCUCCAAAAAUCAUUGUUUGUGAUUACUGUUCACAAGACAAUAACAUUUUCAGCUUCAACAUCUGAUAUGUUUUCUUUUUACUUUCUUUAAUGACAUAUUGGGUUUAAAUUUUAAGCAAACUAUCACAUUUUGUACUGCACAUUUUUUGAAAUUGGGGGGGAAUAUGCCUUUUUUUUUAAAUUUGUGUAAUAAUGAAUACAUUUCAUAAUCUUAUUGCAGUGUAAGAGCUAAGACUAGUACUUACACUAAUACUAAUACACCAUUAAGCACUCAUUAAAGCCUGAGAAUAGAGUAGAAACAUAAUAAUAAUAUAAAGGCCGUUUCCACUGUAUGAAUUACACUGUGUUGUAGGUGCCAGAGGGCGUCCAGAAUACCGGGGCUGAGGUCAGCGAGCUGCAGCUGAUGGCUGAAAAUCAGGUCAAUCUGGAGGCAACAACAGAGCAGGACAACAACAACGACAGCCCACCGCACACAGGUUAGCGGGACACACCUACAAACGCACAUGAAUGGACACACACAAAUGACAGACGGACCUGCUGGACUGCUGACGUUAGCUUUUUAAAAACAAGUCCAUCAUUCAUGCUGAUGGUGUUGAAUGUAAACUCUGUUAGCUCUGAAUCCUCCAGCAGGAUUCAUAGUUAUAUGAUACUGCAGAGAGCUCAGCGCCCAUAAUUGCACAUGGCUGUGAAUGCCAUUUAAUUUGAUUUAUAUUUACAACGUGUUUAAAAUUUUGACAAGAAUCAUUUCAGGAAUGAUAAUGAUACCUUCUGUAGUAAAAGUCUGCCGUUAUUUUAUUUCCUGGCAGAGAAACAACAUGAUAAAGUUUUAAUGCCGUCACUUAUAAGUGAGGCGGCCUGGAGUUCAGGGAAGAGUCUCCGUUCAUGUGAUGACUCUCUGGAGAUGAGCUGUCAAUCAAAGACUGGGGGCUGGAUUUUCUGCUGAAUGGUAUUUCUGUGGUGCUCAUUUUCUCCCAAUGGUGUUUAUUUCUGCUCAUGUGAACAGUCAGUUCUUCUAUUUAUUCCAAGCAAAUUGCCACAUCUGUUUCUGGAAACAGUAAACAGGAAAUCUCUCUUGCCCACCAAGAGUUUUUUUUUUUCAAGGAAAGAUUUACCUAACAGAAGAUAUUACAGUAAAUGAAAACAAACUGUGUACCAGGAACCCUCUGUGAACCCUGGGUGGGUCUGCAGCUCUCAAUGGAAAGGAAAAUUGCAUUAGCUUCGGAGAGAUCCUGGAACAAUCCGAAGGCUCUUCUCCCCCUCACUCUUAGUGGGACUGAACCCAGGCUGGGAGAUUUGUGGGUUGUGGCAUUUAACCCACAAAGCAGCCUGGGAGUAGUUUGAACAACAGGGGAGUACAGUCCCCCUCUGUGUGUGCUCCAGACCCGGUGUGAGGAGUUUACACAUAAACACUCAGCUUGUAAACACUAAAGGAGUCGAGAUCAUUGUAUCAUUGCACCCGAUGAGUUUGUGGAAGAGUGUCAGGAAGGUGACAGCAGGAUUGAAUCAACAGGAACCAGCUUUUUUGAGUUUAAUCCAACUGCAUUCAAUGUUCUUGGUUUAUACCACAUGUCAAAUCAGUUUUUCCUGUGUCCCUGUAGUCAGUGCUGGUGGAGACACUUCUCCCAGUGAAGAGGUGGACCUUUCCUGCAGCGGUCUGACUGAACUGGACCUCGGUGCAGACGAGGUUUUCAUUGUGUCCUCAGCUCCGAGCCCAAGCAGGCUACCCUUCUCACCUCACACAGUAAGGCCCCCGUUUUAUCCCAUCACUGUUGUCUUUGCUGUCACUUGUGAAUGAAACUCAGUCCCAGUUAGUGAAAGAGGGAAAUUUUAACCAGCUAAAAGUCAGAAAUCUAAAUAUUACAAAUACUACUAAAGAGAAUGUGUUAUGGGAGAGUACAAGUGAGAGAUUCAAUGUCGUUAGUAUCCAGUCCAUCUUCACCCUACUCCUCAUAUCAGCUAGAAUCAACAGGAAACUCCUGCUGAGCCCCAAAAGUGCCCAUUUUAUGAGGACAAUCAACGCCCUCAAAGAUAGGUUUUCAUCUAUUGUGCAGGAAGUGUGAGCUUUGUUCUCGUGCUCAGGCUGGACUCUGGACUCUCGGGCUGCUUCGAAUCAGACUGAUGUGUGUCUGUAAUCCCGUCUCCUCCACCUCACAUUAACAGCAGCCAUCUGUGCGAAACUCUGGGCACCUGGAUUAGCACUUUUUUUUCCUCAAAGGUAUUAUAUUCAGCAACAAUCUUGACGAAUAUCACAUGGAUUUCUUGCAUGAUUCACUAGAGGAUGAGGGUUUUGUGCCAACAUGAAGUUUACAACAAUAGUUUUGCUGUUUUUUUCACCUGCAUUCUUCUAAGGGCCAGUAGGGGGCACCUCCUUUGGACCCGUUAUGUUAUGACUCGACUGUGACGUUGGUUUAUUACAUUAACUAAUUUUCAGUAGUGUUCAUUUGACCAUUAUUUGGAUGUUUUUCAAUAGAAAUCAUGGUGCUAAGCCAGACCGAUUAAAAACUGCAGUUCCUUAAGUGUCCACUUGAGGCUGGCUGCAAAGCCCCUGGUCGCCACAUACACACCCAUUCAAAAAGGCCAUCUUUGCAGCAACAUUACCUGUCUGUGGUACCAAUCUAAAACACAAGCUUGCUAAUACACUUACCCAAGAUAUUCAACAUGUUCAGCAUUAUUACUACCAAAUGUAGUCUUGUUAGCAGUUUCUAUAGAGUGAUAGCAUGUCCUAAUUAGCAUUUAGCCUAGUUCACCUACAGCGACUCUGAGCUGCUGACAUAACCGUAGUCUUGUGUUUCAUCUCUUCUCCAGGCUCCAAAGCCUCAUAUGAAACCGGCCUUGAUGGUGUAAAUUGAGGGGGAAAUGUAGCCGUGAUCGCAGCAGGUGUUCACCUCACUUUGGGCAAAUGAUCUUUGAGUCUCUGAGCGAACGAACAUCAGAGGUGACAGCCCAUUCAUUACUUUAGUUGACCCAGUGUCCCUAAUAAGAGUGACACCAUUUAUUGGCAUCGCCCACGAUACAACCUAAAACUAUGAAAACUAUGAGGACAUAAAUGGGGAAACGGGGAUAAUUAAAAGAUGUGAGGAACAUUGAGGAAGAAGCGUCAGUUUGAGCAAACAUUUUUUGUCUCUUCUCUCUUUUGUAUUCCCUUGGAAUAAGAGUUGGCAUAAAACAGCUCUGGCAGCUUUUUGAAGGACUGGCAAGCGUUUGUGCGGCCUAGUCUAAUGGAGUAUUAUCUACAGAGCCAGAUUCCCAGCUCCAAUUGUGUGUGUGUGUAUGUGUGUGUGUGUGUGUGUGUGUGUUUGUGUGUGUUAUGCACGCUUUGGCCCGCAGUGUGUGGUCUGCCUGUGUGUGUCCUCGAUGCAGACGUCCAUGUAAAUAAUGUUAGAGAAAUGAUGCUCGCGUUAACAGCGGCGAAGGUCUGUAAAAAAGUGCAGAACUCAUCCUCUGUAUGUCACUGAGACGAGUUUCGUGUUAUUGUGUUGGUUCGAUGCCACAUACCCCCCACAUAUAAAGACCUACAGCAGCUUUGAACCCCCAGUUUGAUCACAUUUUCUUGCAGCGGGCCCCUCACUGAGAAGAGCUUUAAUUAAGUUAAAGAAAUGAGAACACUAAAACCUUUUCUUGCUGUUGGCGGUAUGAUCGAAUCAAGUCUGGAUCAAAAUGGUCCUCUGCAAAAACUCAAAACUAAGCUCCUUUUUUUUUCAAGUAGAAAAUCUGUCUUUAGCCACCGUCACCUAACAAGACUGGAGAAAUGUUUUGUUUCAAGAUGAUACAAGCCAAAACUGAGACUUCACUCACUUGUGAUGAGUUAGAAAAUCUGCCAUUGGAGUAAAGAAAGUCCUAAAGUUUCUUAAAUUCAGACAUUAUUCUUACUUUAAAGCCGCUGUGACGAAGUUUUCGCUCAGUGUGGACAAAGUGGUACCCCUUAUACUGUUGCUUAUUUUGUCCCGUCCUUGUAAAGGGGUGUUUAUCCACAUGAAAUCUCCCCCUCCUAUCAUUGAUCACUAACCAUGAACAUUUUCUGUGGGAAAAGUAACAAAGGCUGUUUCCUCAGUGCACCUAUUCCCUCGCAGAAGUUAAGAGGAUCAAAAAUCAUAAUAAAGAAACUGUAAACCUUGAUAUUAAUCGUCUCUUGCUUUUGUGCAUCACAGGGACAUGUCACCGUUCAUUUUGGUCUGUUUUAUAACUUAUCAAAAGUUCCUCACAGCAGUUUUGAGAAACUUUCAUUUCAUUUUUAGAGCUUAACAGGUAAAUUUAUCUUCUUUAUAUUAAUGAUGGCAGCUCAGGUCUUAUUUAUGGCUUUUAAAAUCUCAACAGAAAUAUGACAUAAGCACUUAGUUUAGCAGUUUUGUCUCAAUCAAACAGAUUUAAUUCUGCCGUCGUAUGAAGCAUGUUUAGCUUUUCCCAAAACCCUGUAAAAGUCUCAGCCCCGACCUUUGGAACCAGAUUUGGUAAGCGACUGUGUGUUUGGCGGCUGAUUCCUCACCCCUUGUGUCAAAUCUAAAGGUUGCCAUUGUGUUCCUCGGGCUUUAAUGACCAAAAGCACAUUUUAUCUAAACCCCUAGCUAAUUCUUGUCUAGACAAAGCUAGCUGCUAGUGACUCUGUGUGAAGGAUUAUCUUGACUCACACUAUGUCUGAUGGUUGCAACCCCUUAAACCUUCCCCCCCUCCUCCCCUGAUCAACAGCAGCUGACCGAUCAGCAUGGAUAACAUGGCUCUACACAUCUAAACCCGUCAAUCACAUAUUUCCUCUCAAACUGGUUGGGGCCUGUGUUGUGCGGUGCAGAUGGUGAGGCUUUUGUGUACGCAGCACCACAAAUGUGACUCGAAUCAUUCUAAAGCCCCCGCUGGUCUCUUGACAGCUUUAAUAAAACUUAAUAAAUAAUGAUUGAGAUUAGAACGUGAGCAACACAUGCUCAGCUGGCAGGCUUUGUGUUCACAAAAGCCAAGCUAAUCAGCGCAGUUCCGUCUUUUAAUCCAUUAAUGUAGUACACAACACAGUCUGCAGGGAGAAAUUCAGGUGCGAGGAGGUAAUAUAACAGGUGCAACCUGUUGACUUCCAGCCUGUCUAAUCCCCUGACUCUUAACACUUGGGUUCUUGCGUAUAUUGAUGAUACUGUUAAACAGAUCAUUAAGGCUGGUUGCCAAUUAAGAGCAGUUUUGUGACUGUUUCAGUUGUGACUGAAAAGGUAUAAAUAUCUCUCACUUCUCAGUCCUCCUCUCUCCUGACGGCUGACGUACACAGUGAAAUCUACAGAUCUGAUUGUUACUUGAUAUCAUUACCCCUCUGUUGAAGCAGUGCGUUUGUUAUCGAGUCCAGUCUUUCCAUCAUCGCUCAAUACCAAAGAUGCGUGCAUGAUUGAAUAACGAGCCCGCUUCUCAGUGCAGGUCAUUGACCAUUCUAGCUGCAGUUGAGUGCUUGAGUAUAAUGCAGCCUCUGAUAUGCAAGCUAUUUAUGUUGUGUGGUCGUCUUCUUCCCUAAUUAGUUUGUUUAUCCUCUCUCGGUCACUCUUUACUUUUAACCUUUGGUCUCCCAGGGGAAUUUUUUGUCUGUACUUCUUUACUUGGUAUUCAUAAAUUCAUAUCUGCAGCCUGUCUUUGCUUUUUAACACUCUGCAUUUAUAUGUGCUUUGUAAACCCAUAGAGAAGUUUCCUGCAUGGCAACCCAUGGACAUGCAGUGUUUGUCUCAUAAUUCAUAGACGUAUGCAUUCUGUGUCUUAGCAGCGGGAGAGGUUCCUCCGGCACAGUGACACUGGUCCUGGCCCUGCAGUGGAUUGGCCUUCACCGGACUCAGCAGCCUCCCCAAAUGGUUCCAGAUCUGCAAAGGAAGGCAGCAGCAGCUGUGCCAGACCAAGAGCUUGGAGCGUACGCACCUUCCAGGACUUCCUCCCUCCACUGCCGCAGCUGCAUAAGAAGUGGUGCAGCUGGAACUCCACCAGUCCCUUCACCAAACUGGUGGACAGCGUCAGUACCACAUACAUUCGAUGUUUUUGUGUUAUUCCUUUUCAAUUUUAUGGUUUUUCAUAGAGAGAGAAGGUGGUGGGGUCAGUACCAGAGUGUUUACAUGAUGGGUUUUUUUAAUUUGCUUUCAAUUUAAAGUCCUAAAAAUUGUCCUCUCUCUGCUCUGUAUUCCCACUUCCUGCCCCUCUCCAAAUUAAGGAAAAAAAGUCCCUGAAUAAUAACAAUAAUACCCUCCAAAGAACCCGAGCAUUGUUUCACCGCUACCUCUUUAAACCACCUCUCCAGCACACUGCCACCAUUUCACACCACCUGCCAUCCCCGGUGCAAUUCUCUCCACAGCUCUUUUUGAUAUGGUCUUCUUCAAGGUCUGUCUAACGGACUGGAAGAGAAAUAACAUCAAGAGUGUAAAUGGUUUGCUCUGGAGGUGGCCACUUGCAAAAAGCCAUAUUUCUCUUUGAGGGGGCGCUGUUGCCAGAAUAAGCCUCCUUGUGAAGAGUUGUACUUCAGUCUUAAAGCAGACUAUUAUGGGUACCUAUGCAGUUUCAGCUUUCUAUUAAUAAAUCCUUAGGAGGAGAUACCUUUUAAAAAAAAGCUUUAAAAAUGGGCGAAAAUCUCAAAACGCAAAUUUUCAAACAGGGGAAGGGCUUAAAAUUUGAAAUUUCGUAGGGGGUGCUAUGGAGCCAUUUUUUAGUUGGAUCUCCAUUUUGACAUUUAUUGGAGCCUUCAAGAAGAAACAUUAAAUUAAAAAAAGUAGUAUAUUAUGAUAAAAUAUCUUUCCUUCAGUAUAAAAAUAUGUCAUAGUGUAGUAUGUGCAAAACAAAAUUCUUAGUUUUACAUUAAAAAAAAUGUCAUAGGAUAGAGCUAUAAAAAUAUCAUUGUAUAGUAUUAAAAAAAUGUCACAUUAUAGUAUGAUAAAAUUAUCAUAUUUUAGUUUACAAAAUGUCAGAUUUCUAUGGUGAAAAUAUCAGCAUAGUAUGAAAAUAAUGUCAUAGGAUAGUAUGUUAAAAAUGUCAGAGUAUAUAAUGAUAAAAAAAUGUCAUAGUAAAGUAUGAUAAAAAUGUCAUAAUAAAUUAUGACAAAAGAUUUAUAGUAUAGUAUGAUUAAAGUAUCUUAUUUUUGUAUGACAAAAAAUGUCUCGGUAUAAAAUGUUGAAAAAUUAUCAUGGUAUAGAAAGUUGAGAAAAAUUACAUUUUAAAAUCUCAUAGUUAAUUAUGUAAAAAAAUAACAGUAUCAAAGGGGAAAAAAUGUCAGUGUAUAGUUUGAUUAAAAUGUCAUAGAAGCAGGAUUAAAAAUUUCAGUGAAUUAUGAUGAAAAUGGUCAUUGUAUAGUACAUUGAAAGAUGUCAUAGAACAGAAUGACAAAAAGGUCAUAGUAUAGCAUGAAAAAAAUUUCAUGGUUUAGUUUGAUUAAAAUCUUACAGUAAUCCAUGAUAAAAAUGUCAUAGUAUAGUAUGACAAAAUGUCGUUGUAUGGUAUGAUUUAAGUGUCAUAGUAAUGCAUGACCAAAAAUGUCACAGUAUAGUAUGAUAAAAAUGUCAUAGUAUAGUAUGACAAAAUUUUCGUAGUAUAGUAUGAUCUAAAUGUUAUAGUAAUGCAUGACAAAAAGUGUCAUACUUGAGUAUGUUAUAAAAUGUCAUAGUAUAGAAUGACAAAAUGUCAAAGUAAAGUAUGUUAAAAAAUUCAUAUAUUGUAUGACAAAAAUGUCAUAGUAUAGUAGGAUAAAAAAUGUCAUUGUUAAGCAUGAUUAAUAAUGUCAUAGAAUAGUAUAAUGAAAAAAUAGUUCAGUAUGAUAAAAAAUGUCAGUGAAGUAUGAAAAAAAGUUAAAGAAUAGUAUGACAAAAAAGUAGUACUUUAGUAUGAGAAAAAUUGUCAUAGUUAUGCAUGAUGGAAAGUGUCAUAGAUAAGUAUGAUAAAAAAUGUCAUAGUAUAGUAUGAUUUAGAUGUCACAGUAUAGUAUGAAAAAAUGUCAAAGUAUAGCAUGAUAAAAUUUUCAUGGUUUAGUUUGAUUAAAAUGUUACAGUAUUCCAUGAUAAAAAUGUCAUAGCAUAGUAUGACAAAAAUAUCAUAGUAUAGUAUGAUUUAAGUGUCAUAGUAAUGCAUGACCAAAAAUGUCAUUGUAUAGUAUGAAGAAAAAUUUCAUAGUAUAGUAUGAUAAAAGUGUCAUAGUAUAGUAUGACAAAAAUUGUCAUAGUAUAGUAUGAUUUUUAUGUCAUAGUAUAGUAUGACAAAAAUGUCAUAGUAUAGCAUGAAAAAAUUUUCAUGGUUUAGUUCAAUUAAAACCUUACAGUAAUCCAGGAUAAAAAUGUCAUAGUAUAGUAUGACAAAAAUGUCGUUAAUUUAAGUGUCAUAGAAAUGCAUGACCAAAAAUGUCAUUGUAUAGUAUGAUGAAAAAUGUCAGUGUAGUAUGAUAAAAAUGUCGUAGUAUAGUAUGAAAAAAAAGUGUCAUAGUAUAGUAUGACAAAAUUGUCAUAGUAUAUUAGGAUUUAAAUGUCAUAGUAUUGUAUGACAAAAAUGUCAAAGUAUAGCAUGAUAAAAAUUUUCAUAGUUUAGUUUGAUGAAAAAUUUCACAGUAUAGUAUGAUAAAAAUGUCAUAGUAUAGUAUGAUUUGAGUGUCAUAGUAAUGCAUGACCAAAAAUGUCAUUGUAUAGUAUGAUAAAAAUGUCAUAGUAUAGUAUGAAAAAAAAUGUCAUUUUAAAGUAUGAUAAAAAUGUCAUAGUAUAGUAUGACAAAAAUGUAGUAGUAAAGUAUGAUUUAAAUGUUACAGUAAUCCAUGAUAAAUAAUGGCAUUGUAUAGUAUGAUGAAGAAAUUGUUUUGUAUUUUACAAUAAAAAAGGCAUACUAAAAUUAGCUUAAAAUGUUAUAGAAUAGUGUGACAAAAAAGUUGUAGUAUAGUGUGAUUAAAAUGUCAUAGAAAUGGAUGACAAAUAGUGUCAUAGUAUAGUAUGUUAUAAAAUGUUAUAAUAUAGAAUGAUAAAAUGUCAUAGUAAACUACGAUAAAAAUGUCAUUGUUUAGCAUGAUUAUUGAUGUCAUAGAAUAGUAUGAUGAAAAAUGUCACAGUAUAGUAGGAUAAAAAAUGUCAGUGAAGUAUGAAAAAAUUUCAAAGAAUACUAUGACAAAAAGUCGCAGUAUAGUAUGAUUUAAAUGUCAAAGUUAUGCAUGACAAAAAGUGUCAUAGUUAAGUAUGGUAAAAAAUGUCAUAAUAUAGUAUGACAAAAAGUGUCAUAGUAUAGUAGGAGAAAAAUUGUCAUAGUAUAGUAUGAUUUAGAUGUCAUAGUAUAGUAUGACAAAAAUGUCAAAGUAUAGCAUGAUGAAAAUUUUCAUGGUUUAGUUUGAUUAAAAUGUUACAGUUAUCCAUGAUAGAAAUAGCAUAGUAUAGUAUGACAAAAAUAUCAUAGAAUAGUAUGACAAAAAUGUCAUUGUAUAGCAUGAUAAAAAUUUUCAUGGUUUAGUUUGAUUAAAAUGUUACAGUUAUCCAUGAUAAAAAUGUCAUAGUAUAGUAUGACAAAAUUAUCAUAGUAUAGUAUGAUUUAAGUGUCAUAGUGCAUGACCAAAAAUGUCAUUGUAUAGUAUGAUGAAAAAUGCCAUAGUAUGGUAUGAUAAAAAAUGUCAUAUCUAAGUAUGAUAAAAAUGUCAUAGUAUAGUAUGACAAAAAUUUCAUAGUAUAGUUUGAUGAAAAAAUUGUCAUAGUAUAGUUCAAUUUCAAUGUAAUAUUUCUGUAUGGGAAAAAGUCAUAGUAAAGUAUGUUCAAAAAUGUCAUAGUUAAGUAUGUUAAAAUUUUUAAAUAAUUGUUUAAAGAAAAUGUCAUAGUAUAGUAUGAUAAAAAUGUCCAAGUAUAGCAUGAUAAGAAAUGUUGUAGAUUAGUUUGAUGAAAAUGUCAAUGUAUAGUAUGAUAAAAAUGUCAUAGUAAAGCAUGAUUAAAUGUCACAGUGUAGUAUGACAAAAAAUGUCUUAGUAUAGUGCAAUAAAAAUGUCAAAGUAUAGCGUAAUAGAAAAUGUCAUAGUAAAGUAUGAUAAAAAUGUAGAAAAGUCUGUUAAAAAAAUAGUACUUUUAUAUUAACAAAUGUCAUUAUAUAGAAGUGUCAAAAAAUAUUUUUGUAUGAAAAAAAGUCAUAGUAAAGUAUGUUAAAAAAUGUCAUAGUAGAGUAUGAUAAAAAAUGUCGUAGUAUAGUAUGGCAAAAUAUCAUUGCAUAGUAUGUGAGAAAUUUUACAUUAUUGUAUGAAGAAAAUAUCAUCGUAUAGUAUGAUUAAAAAAAUUCAUAGUAUAGUAUGUGAGAAAUUUUAUAUUAUUGUAUGAAGAAAAUCUUAUAAUAUAGUAUUAUAAACAUGUUAUAGUAUAGUAUGAUUUAAAUUUCAUAGUAAUACAUGACGAUUAUUGUCAUAGUAUAGUAUGAUGAAAAAUGUCUUGUUAUAAUAUAAUAAAAAGGUAAUAGUAUCGUAUGACAAAAAUGUCAUACUAUAAUAUGAUUAAAUUUUUUUUUUUAAAGUCAUUGUCAAUUAUGUUAAAAAAUGUCAUUGAACAGAAUGAUAAAAAAUAUCAUAGUAUAGCAUGAUAAAAAUGUCAUAGUAUAGUACAAUAAAAAAAUAUCUCACUAUGAAAAAAUGCUAUAGUAUAGUAUGAUAAAAAAAUAACCUAUUAUGGUAUGAAAAAAAAUGACAGAAUUUUUUUUUUUUUUCAAUGUUUCUUUAUAGAAGCAGAAUUAACAUGUUUUUUAAAAGGAAAACAGUGGAUUACUUUUAAGAAGCCACAAUAUGACAACAAAACAUUAAAUCACAGUUCUUGACAACAAAGACCCGGAAACAUAGUUUGAAAAUUAGACAGGGAAUACACAAACAACAUACAUAGAAUAUUAUAAAGGACAACCACAACAAUAAGAACAAAAAUGAUACCACAAUACAAAGCCACAAAAUAAUAAUAAUAAUAAUAAAACUAUGACAGAAAUGUCACAAUAGUGCGAAUGGUGGUGGACGGCUCCUCUCUCUUUGCUGCAGGACAGAAAGAUUCAGAAGAUCUUUUGUACCAACAGCCAUCAGACUUAAUAACUCUUGUGUAAAUAGAUAACUUUUUUGGAGAGAUAUUAUGUGAGACAACAGACAAUUGAAUUUCCCUUCAGGGAUUAAUAAAGUUAUUCUUAUUCUUAUUAAGUAUGAUAAAAAAUAUAGUAUAGUAUGAUAAAAAUAUAACAGUUAAGUAUGAUAAAAAUGUCAUAGUAUAACACAAUAAAUAUGUCACAGUAUAGUUUGACAUAAAUGUCAUAGUAUUGUACAGCAAAAAAUUCAUCAUAUAGUAUGAUAAAAAAAUUAAAAUGAAACCGUUUUUUCUUAGUAUUUAAAAAGUCGCAGCACUGGCAUGUUUACCUCGUACUUAAUCACCUCUUCUUUGAACAACACUGUAAACAUUUGGGAACAGAGGAGACCUGUUUCUGGAGUUCUGAGAGUUUUAAGAGAGGUAUUUGCACAUCCAACUAUCUCAUUAAGUAUAUGCGUAGGACGUGUAACUAAAGACUUGGAAGGAGAACCUUGCUCUCUCUGAGAACACACUUAGAAAAAGGUCCAGAGGGACAGAAAUGCUGUGAAUUUUUUUCCAAUAAAUGGUGAAGCUAAGCAGGAGAAGAGGGUUCUCUUUUCAGGGCUGGGUUUUUUGCUGGGGUCAUAUCUGGUCCCAUUCUUUCCUAACAUCGAGUUUCAGCUGUUCAACAGUUUAGGCUCAGUUUUGGUAUUCUUUGUUUCAUGAUGUGCCAAAUGUUUUUGAUGGAUUUCAAGUCAGGGCUGCAAGUAAGGGCCAAUUCAGCAGCAGACUCUACUACUUCAGUGUCACUCUGUUGUAAUUUAUGCAAAGUGUCCUCAUGAAAUAUGAAGGUCUCUCUUGAAAAAGUCCUCAUCCAGAUGGCAGCAUAUGUUGCUCUAAAACAUGUACUCCCUGCAUUUUGUGGACGCUUAUGCAUCUCCUUGCUAUCAGAGUUAAAUUGAGUCAGGUGGACCCUGUCUUAAGAGUGGAGGUUGCAUCUUCCAUGAUAUUCUGAAAGAACGUCAGGAUUUCCAUCUCAGACUCAUGACUGUUUUAAACACUGCUGUCUGAGAGCUGAAGAUGAUAGCCAUCCAGUUUGGGUGUUUGCCUUUGUCCUUUUUAUAGAAAUAUGUCUCCAGAUUCUCAGAAUCCUCUAACAAUAUUAUGCCCUCUAAAUGAUGAAAUCCCCUAAUUCUUUGCAAUUUUAUGCUGAGGAACAUUAUUCUGAAAUAGCUGAAUGUGCUCAUGUGUCUCUCACAGAGCAGUGAACUUCUUAACUUUACUUCUGAGAAACUCAGCCUCUCUGGACAGCUGUUUUUAGAUCCAAUCAUGUUACUAACCUUUUGCAAAUCACUUAAGAAGGAGACAUUCCUCCAGUUUUUUUUUAGAAUAAUUUCUUCACAUAAAAACAGCUUAAUUUUUAACACUUGUUUGUCUUUUAAACUGUUUUUGAUUUAAUGUAAGGUUUUAAUGAGUUGCAAACAACCAAAUUCUGUUCAGCUUUUUCAGAUAAUAUCCAACUUUUAAAAGUUAACUACACGCAUGAGGUUAUUGAAUGGUAUUCUAACUUAAAGCAGACUGUUACUAUCAGGGUUGAUCGUGAACCUUGAUAACAUUAAAGCCCUCUUCUGUCUGUAUUCAUUAAUUUUAAGAUAUAUACAAAACCGUCUCAUUUCUUUCCAGACUCCAUCCAGUUUGGUCACAGACUGCAGGGAGGGCGACAGCAGGAAGGUCUUCUCUGAUGUUCAUUUGGAGGUCAAUGCGGACAACAGCAUAAUAUCUGACUCCUCUAUCAGCAACGCUUCCUACCCCCUCUCGCAGCCCGCCCAGAGGCAGCGGCGUCUCAACUCCACCAGCAACCUGCGGCGCUCCCGCUUCACAGGGCAUUGCUUUGGUCUGCUCUCUGGGACAGCCGAUCCAGCGAAGGCCUCUGUGGUUCCUCAUGCCCCAGGCUCCCCCUCUGAAUCCAGCCCUGGCUCUUCUUCCUCCGCCCAGUGUCAGAUUGAGAGCGGCUCAGCCGGAAAGCGUUUCCCUGGCGAGGCUGAUCACAUCAGCGUGCCGGUGUUCGCCAUCUCUGAAGAGGAGGACCGGCAGCCUCUGGUCUCGGCUGAGCACCUAGACCAGACCCCGGCCCCCACUUUGGCUCUGAAUGGAGGAAUAAGGGGGAUGUGUGAAAAGAAGAGGCCUGCUGAUGGAAGCAGCAGCCUCAGCCCACAGAGCCAGAGAGCCAGACCAGAGUGGAGGCCGUGGGGGAGCCAGGUUUCUGGAGGAGUGGGGCCACUACCGUCCAACGAGUCACACAAAGUGAGUAACAGCGAGGCGUCUCUGGGUCAGUCCACAGUGCUGUGCAGUGUGACCAACCACAUGUGACCACACAGGCUUUAAGUUGGUGAAAAGAGCAGGGACUCUGGUGGGCCAGUUUCUACAUUUCUGAACUCUGUUAGUGCCACUUUGUGAAAUAUAUAACCUUUCAUUUCUUUACUUUGAAUUCAUCUAUUACAAAAUGAUUCCUACAUAUACUGUAGCCUCAGCUGCUGCUGGCAAAUAUAUUCCUCUCACUCUAGCUGUUUUCUAUUUUUAUAUAUUUGUGUUUGGACAAAGAUGUAAUAAUAUGCUGCUUAUUAUGCCAAGGCAAUGACUGCUGUGGUAGUAUGUGAUUAAAAAAAGAUGAAUGAUUGCUUGUGUUGACAAAAAAAAGUAUUAUCUAAGCGAUUAUCCGUAACCCCAAACUCUUAGGGAGCACUUUGCCGUAUUUGUUUUUUUAACAGAUUCAUUAACCAGUUCCAUGCUUCUCAGUAAGUUAUAAUACUCCAACCAUUGCACUUUGCUUUCAAUAGCUCAUUCAUUCUGGAUUUGUGCUGCUUGUGCCAGAUUCCUGUCUUUUCUAAUGUUUAUUUCUUAGCGCCGGAUACUGAAUGCUCAUUCAAUGACUUGUUACCCAAAAGUGUUCUGCAGAGCAAAGACUGUACACGAAUAUUACGAUGAUAUACAGACGCACUAUGUACACCUGAGGCUCAUCCUGGAUUAUAAAAAGGGAAAUCAAAAUAAAGCAAAAGCAUAUAGAGUGACACUUUACACUAUUAUGUAGUAUACAGAGAGCGUUAGUGAUCACAAUAGUAUUUAAAAUGAGUUAUGAAUUUAUGUAAAGUUUUAAUAAAGGCUAUGUCAAUCA